GAAUCAGCGAUAGUUUGAAGAACCUACUCCAUGACGCCGACGACACAGCCAGACAUAAGGCAGUGGAGUGCCUCUGUGUAAUGUCAGGACACAUCAUUGGCAGAGACUCGUUUUUGAAGCUGGAAACCAUCUUCCCCCUGGCCAAGCUAUUUGACGAUAAAUCCGAUGUUGCCAGAAAGAAUACCCAUCUGUGCUUGAUGCUGAUCUCACAGACUCCCAUAGGUGCCGAGACCAUUGUGGAAGCUCAGUUCGUGGACACGCUUGUAAAGAAGCUGCAGAAAGAGCUGGAUGAGAUUAAGGAGAUCAUACUCGAUACCCUGCACUACUGCAUGGGCAUAGACACGCAGUCAGCUCUGGAGGCCGGGGCUAUGGAGGCUUUCACCACACUUCUCAAACAUCACCUGGCCGUCAUCAGGGCCAAGGCUGCACGUGACAUCAUGGACCUAAGCGUGCCGCUGGCGGGUAAGGACCGGGCCGUGGCUUGUGGAGCUCUUCAGCUACUGAAGAACAUGUUGACAGACUCGUCAUCAGAAGUGAGAGCAAAGGCAACAGCAGCCAUUAUGAUGAUUGCCAUCACCACUAAAGGAAAGUAUACAGCCAUUCAUUCCUUGUCGAUCCUUCCGCUGGUGGAUCUUGUGGACGACCUCAACAGCGAGGUCAGGCUCAACGCUAUCAAGGCUUUGACCUGCCUGUCAGAGGCACCAGAAGGAAGACAUGUGUUACUGCAACAUGUAGAUAAGAUCCGCAGGCACGAGACAGACCAUGUUGGAAUGGUUGCUCAAGCUGCCAGAAAGGCUGUCAAAGUCAUCUCCUGGCUGCCAUGA